AUGUCGAUUCCAGAAAAAAUGAAAGCUGUUCUAUUGAAAGGUUUUGGUGGACGUGAUAAUUUGUAUAUUGGUGAAGCAGAUGUACCAAAAAUAAAAGAUGAUGAAGUUCUUAUUAAAGUACAUGCAUUUGGUAUUAAUCGAGCUGAUACAAUGCAACGUGAAGGACAAUAUCCACCACCACCAGGUGUAACAGAUAUUAUGGGAUUAGAAGCAUCAGGUGAAAUUGUUAAUGUUGGUAAUGAAGCAAAACAACAAUGGAAAAAUGGUGAUAAAGUUAUGGUAUUAGUAUCUGGUGGUGGUUAUGCUGAAUAUGUUGCUGCACAUAUGGGUUGUGUUAUGAAAAUUCCUGAAGGAAUUUCUAUGAUUGAUGCUGCUGGUAUACCUGAAACAUUUUUAACUGCAUUUCAAGGUUUAAGAUUUAUUGCUAAAAUUAAAAAAAAUGACAUUGUACUUAUUCAUGCUGGUGCAAGUGGUGUUGGUACAGCAGCUAUUCAAUUAGCCAAAUUAUUUGGUGCAAAAGUUGCAACAACAGUUGGUAGUAAUGAAAAAAUUGCUUACUGUAAAAAACUUGGUGCUGAUAAAGCAAUUAAUUAUAAACAUGGACCAUGGGUAAAUGCAAUGAAAGAAUUUACACAAGAGUUUAAUAAAGAUGGUUUUAAUAUAAUUUAUGAAAGUAUUGGAAAAGAUUAUGUUGAAUCUAAUCAAGAAGUUAUUGGUACUGAUGCACAAUGGGUUGUUUAUAGUGCUCAAAGUGGUACUGAAGCCGAUAAGUUAUCACUUGGUAUGCUAAUGAAAAAACGUACUACACUUACUGGUACUGUAUUACGUGCACGUCCAGCUGAAUAUAAAACAAAUUUAAUCAAACAAUUUCAUGAUGAAGCUAUGGAAGGUUUUCAUAAUGGUAAACUUAAAGUUAUUAUUGAUAAAACAUGGCCAAUGGAACAAAUAGCUGAUGCUCAUAAAUAUAUGGAAGAUAAUUUAACAAUGGGAAAAGUAGUUCUUACAGUUAUUAACGAUAAAUCAUAA